AUGUUCAGUGAUCUUCGUCAAUAUCCUCGUUUUGAAUAUCGUAUGCAGUCAAAUGAUAAUGUGCCAUCUCACAUGAAUCGACAAUGGCAAGGACAAAAUGAAGCACAUCGAGAACAAAUUAUCUUAUCGAAAUUAUUUACCGGGAAUGAUGCAUUUGUUGUGCCACCGCGUACUUAUGCUCAUGUUGAUGUUAGUGGAAAAGAAAGAGCAAAAUAUUUUCGAAAACCAUUAUUACCGUUUAUUGAAAAUGUUCAACCACCAGCUAUCUUUGAUUCAAGUGAUAAACAUCAUGGUCUGACAACCACACGGGUCAGUACGUCGUAUCAGUCACAUAAACAGCGUACAAUGGUUAACUCGCCGACAACGAAAACACAAAGUAUUCAAACAGAUUAUAUGGAACGCGAAGCACAAACAGAUCCUUAUACACCAGAAUAUGUAUGUAAGCCGGGAGAACAGCCAGAAGUGUUAACCUUAGCCACUCUUAUGCACAAUAAAGGCUUACCAGCUGGAUUGGCUGAAGUGGAAAUGAUUGAACGUGCACGUGCUAAACGGGCGUGGGAAGCAAGUUUACCUUCAUUAAACGAUGAAAAUCAGUGGGAUAACAGAUUUAAAAUGAUGUCAGAAAUGGAAAGACACGAGUGGUUAUUGAGAGAAAAUGAAAUUGAAAAAUUACAAAAUAUACGUAUUGAAUUAUUAGAAAGUUUAUUAAAAGAAAAUGAAUCAAAGCGCUAUGAUACAUCGAUUAAUCGUAUAAAUAAACAAUGGAGUCAAAAACAAAUUGAGAGAGAAGAUUAUGUGAAAAAAAAUCGAUUAUAUUAUCUAAGAGCUAUUCGUUCAUUAUUACAUAAACGUCAACAUGUUGAAACACGAUACGAAAAGUCAGACAUCAUCAAAGAUUAUAUUCGUUAUGAAUCAGAGUCCUACGCACCAUUGACAAGACACGGUUAUUUUCCAGAUAAAUUAACCGAUAAAUACAUUAUUAAAAGCAGAUAUUUAGAUACAUAUCAAGGCUUAUUGGAAUUAGAGUCAACAUUGCCAUCAUCAGCUUUAAAAAUAAAAUUACAUGCACCAAAGCGUCAAAAUACCACAAAAGCUGGAUUCUUGAAAAGAAACUAUAGACGAGAAAGGGAUCUUGAAAAUAUUUAUAAGGGCAUAAUAAAUGAAAAACUGAAAGAACCAGAAGAGCCAAAACCACUGAAAUUUCUUAUUAAAGUUGAAAAACCAUUACCACGACCACCAACGCCCGGUGUUGACGUUCCUGAUCUUCAAAAUGAAGAACGUGAAGUUGGACUUAUCUAUUUACAAAAAAUUCUACGAGGAAGAGCAAUACAAAAUAUGAUGUACAGAGGAAAAGAAGAACGUAUUGAAUUAAUUAAAGAGAUGCGUAGUACUCAUGCAUUACAAGAAAGAGAUAUGAAUGAGAAAAAAUUAGAAAAACAAGACGUACAAGUACAACAAUACAAACAACGAAAAGAUGUUAAACGAGAAGAAUUUAUUGAUGCAAUUUUACAAACAUAUGAAGGUGAAGCAGUUAGUAAUGUGGUUGAUUUUCUUAGCAAAGAACUGAUACGUUUACAAGAAGAAAGACGGAUCGAAGCAUUUGCAAUAUUAGCCGAAAGAAACAGACGUUUGAGAGAAGCUGAAGAAUCCGGUUUGAGACAAGUGUUAGAACGAAGAAGAAGAGAAGAAGAUGAAAUAUUUAAACAAUUAUUGAAAAUGACUCAAAAUACGGUUGAUACAUACCUAGAAGAUGUUAUAUUAGAAUCAAUGAAUGAAUGUGCUAGUGAACAAGCUAGAAUAGAAAUUCAAGAGAAAGCAAUCCACAUAAACGAAAUUGCAAAUGAAAUUGAACAAAGACGUACACGGUUUGAAUCAGAAGGAAUUGUUGCUGAACUUGUACAUGGAUUUUUAAUACCAGAAAUUGCUAAACAAGAAAGUCGAGGAAAAGGUUGGUUCCUUUCAUUUCAUUCUGUAAUAUAAAUAAGGUCGUCUCAACUGACAUACACAGAGAAAAAGAGGGAUGCAUAUUGGUUGCGCUUGUUGAAAUAUAUUUUAUCAGAGGGAGGGAGAAUGUAGGAGUGAACAGUCAAAACUGCAGUAUCUCGUACGUGAAGUCUCUGCUGAAAAUGUAGAAUGAGAUAUUCUCAGCAGACUUGCGGCUUUUAUCGCUUGAUAGACAAGAGACUGACGAGGGAAGUACCCCAACUGAUAAAUCGCUUUUUCAACGAAACCGAGUGGAUUAUAGAUAGUUGACGAUGCUGAUUCCGAAUAUCACCAUGAAUGCUGCUGCUAGCCCUUCAAAGACCGGUCUUCUGGAAAACCAGUUUUCGAGAAACUCCAAAGAACAACCAAAAGCUUUCUUAAUGAGGCGUAAUUGUAGUCCAUAAAUUUCUGAUUAAAACGAGGCAUCUCCCAGCUCUACACGACCUUUCUUUGCAAAGUUAUAGAG